GCAGCUUCCAAAGAAGCUGAAGCUGCCGCCCGCUCUGCUCCCAAGCCCAUGUCCCCUUCGGAUUUCCUGGAUAAACUGAUGGGGAGAACCUCAGGAUACGAUGCCAGAAUCAGGCCCAAUUUUAAAGGCCCUCCGGUUAAUGUCAGCUGUAACAUUUUCAUCAACAGCUUUGGUUCCAUUGCAGAAACAACUAUGGAUUACAGGGUGAAUAUCUUCUUGAGACAGCAAUGGAAUGACCCCCGGCUGGCAUACAACGAGUAUCCGGAUGACUCCCUGGAUUUAGACCCUUCCAUGUUGGACUCCAUCUGGAAGCCUGAUUUGUUCUUUGCCAAUGAGAAGGGGGCCCACUUCCAUGAAAUCACCACGGACAACAAGCUCCUGCGUAUUUCUAGAAAUGGCAACGUCCUCUACAGCAUCAGGAUUACCCUGACUCUCGCCUGCCCCAUGGACUUGAAGAACUUUCCCAUGGAUGUCCAGACGUGUAUCAUGCAGCUGGAGAGCUUUGGGUACACCAUGAACGACCUGAUAUUUGAGUGGCAGGAACAAGGAGCCGUGCAGGUGGCUGAUGGCUUAACUCUGCCCCAAUUCAUCCUGAAGGAAGAGAAGGAUUUACGCUACUGCACCAAGCACUAUAACACAGGCAAAUUCACCUGUAUAGAGGCUCGCUUCCACCUGGAGCGACAGAUGGGCUACUACUUGAUCCAAAUGUAUAUCCCCAGCCUCCUGAUUGUCAUCCUCUCCUGGAUCUCCUUCUGGAUCAACAUGGAUGCCGCACCAGCCCGGGUGGGCUUGGGUAUCACCACCGUGCUCACCAUGACCACCCAGAGCUCUGGCUCUCGGGCCUCACUGCCCAAGGUGUCCUAUGUGAAAGCCAUCGACAUCUGGAUGGCGGUAUGCCUGUUGUUCGUGUUCUCCGCCCUGCUGGAAUAUGCCGCCGUCAAUUUUGUGUCCCGCCAGCACAAAGAGCUGCUCAGAUUCAGGAGGAAGAGGAGACAUCAUAAGGAGGACGAGGCCGGGGAAGGGCGGUUCAACUUCUCCGCCUACGGGAUGGGUCCCGCCUGCCUGCAGGCCAAGGAUGGCAUCUCGGUCAAAGGCACCAACAACACCACCAAUCCUGUCCCACCGCCCUCCAAGACCCCAGAGGAGAUGCGCAAACUCUUCAUUCAGCGGGCCAAGAAGAUCGACAAAUUGUCCCGGAUCGGCUUCCCGAUGGCCUUCCUCAUCUUCAACAUUUUCUACUGGAUCAUCUACAAGAUUGUCCGCAGGGAAGACGUCCACAACCAGUGA